CAUCAACAGCGCCUUUUGCUUCCCCUCCCCUUGCUUCGUCGUGCGAAGGGCCAAUCCGCCAAGCAGGGCCGUGCUCUCCCUGCCGUCUUGGGGUUGCUUAUCUCGUUAGCAGUACCGUAUACACGGAUAUCACAGGACUGCCUCCCCGCCUCGGCCGAUUCUCGCCAUUCUCGCCAUGGCUGUCCUCACUCAAUAUGACUGGAUCCUCGCGAUCAUCUCUAUCGCUUUCUGCUGCUCCUCCUUCGGUAACGGAGCCAACGAUGUCGCUAAUUCCUACGCUACCUCCGUUGCCGCGAGGACCCUCACCAUGCUUCAAGUCGGUUUCCUCUCCAUGCUCACCGAGUUCGUCGGUGCCGUUGCCUUGGGUUCUCGAGUCACCAAGACCAUCAAGAGCGGUAUCAUCAACAUCAACCGCUUCAAGCCCCGGCCCGGCACUAUGAUGCUUGCCAUGGGCUGCGCCGAAGUUGGCUCUGCUUCCUGGUUGCUGAUCGCCACCAGACUCGGUUUCCCCGUCUCGACCACCCAGACCGUUGUCGGUGCCCUCAUCGGCGCUGGUAUCGCCUCCCAGGCCAGCGUCAAAUGGUCCUGGGAGAGCGGCAGUGUUUCCCAGAUCGCUGCCUCCUGGGCCAUUGCUCCUGGCAUUGCCGCUGCGUUCUCUGCCCUCAUCUUCGCGACUGUCAAGUACUCGGUCCUCGAAAGACGUGACCCGUUAAAAUGGGCCAUGCGGCUGAUCCCCUUCUACCUCUCCAUCACCGCCGCCAUCCUCGCCCUUUUCAUCAUCGUCGAACUGCCGGGCGGCCAGUCCUAUGAGGAGUUUGGCGUCGGCAAGAUGUGUGGUAUUGUCCUCGGCGUCUUCUUCGGUUUCCUCGCCAUCGCCUAUACAUUCUUCCUCCCCUACUUCCACCGCCGCCUCAUCGUUGGAGACUCCCGUGUCAAGUUCUACCAUGUCCCGCUUGGACCGAUCCUCUGGCGCGAUGACCCUUGGCUCUACUUCCCUGGCCAGGCAGACGGUGAGGUCGUCAUUGACUAUUACAAGAGUGCCCACACCACUUCUCCCGAAGCCAACAAUAAAAACAUCAGCAACAACAACAACAAAUCUUCCGAUCCAGAUGCCAUCAAACCCACAACCUCCGACGAUAAGGGCUCCGAGUCUCCUGACCCAUCUGCCAUUGAGAAAGGCCCCGAGCAUGACAGCGCUGCUCUCGAAAGCAAGCAAUUCCUCGAGCCUGAGGAGCGCUGGCUCGCCCCGACACGACAUCUCCCCGUGUAUAGCCCCACGCGCCUCUGGUCUUGGGUCAAAUAUUUCUUCCUCCAGGGCAUCUCCCGUGACUGCGUCUCCCACUCUUCUGACCUCCUCGCUAGAACCCACGCAAGGGCCAAGCGCUACGAUAACAGAGUUGAGCAUCUCUGGACCUACGCCCAGGUUGCCAGUGCCAUGAUGAUGUCCAUCGCUCACGGCUCCAACGACGUUGCCAACGCUGUCGGCCCCUGGGUUGGUGCCUACGACACCUACAUCACUGGUGUUGUCUCGAAGGAAACCGACACGCCGAUAUGGAUCCUGGUUGUCGCCGGUUUCCUCCUCGGCGCCGGUUUCUGGUUCUUUGGCUAUCAUAUCAUCCGAGCCCUGGGCAACAAGAUCACCCAGAUGUCUCCUACUCGUGGUUUCUCCAUGGAGCUUGGCGCCGCCGUCACUGUCCUCAUGGCCUCUCGUCUUGGUCUGCCCGUCAGUACCACCCAGUGUCUCACUGGCGCAACUAUGGGCACCGCCCUGAUGAACUACGAUCUUGGAGCCGUCAACUGGAGGCAGCUAGCUUACAUUUUGUUUGGCUGGGUCAUGACUCUCCCGAUCGCUGGGUUGCUCUCCGGCCUGUUGAUGGUCAUGGCUCUCAAUACGCCUCACUUCUAGAACUCUUCAGGAGGUUAUUUGUGUAUCCGUUUCCAUUUCAUCAGGCAGGCAGGUUCUUUUCCAUCGUCAAGCUUCUCAUGGGCUGACUUGUUUUUUCUUCUCCAUUUCUUUCCACCUUGAUAUCUGGGGCCACCAUAUAUCAACGCUUGUAUGUGUAUCUGAAAAAUCCAUCCCUAGUUUACCCCCGCACCGCGUCUUCUCAGGAUAUACCCUGUGUACCUCUCAUCAACCGCAUCUACUGACAUAUUUUUAACUACCAACUCUUUCCAUCUCAUCCAAUCUUGUCUCCCCCCUCGCCCCUUUCCCCUUUCUUCCCAUUUUGAUACCCUCUUCCUUCCGUUGUCACGUUUCAAACAAAAGAAGAAAAGAACAGAACAGAACAGAACCGAAGAGCAACAUACCCACCUACAUUCAUGUCACAUACGUUUAAUUAAUAAAAUUUUUACUUGUCCG